CACGAGCCCGCCCGCCCGCCCGCCCGCGCUCUUCCGAGCCCACAUCGCCAAGACGGAAGGACUGGAAAUGGCAGACCAUAUGCUGGCCAUGAACCACGGGCGCUUCCCCGACGGCACCAACGGGCUGCACCACCACCCUGCCCACCGCAUGGGCAUGGGUCAGUUCCCGAGCCCCCAUCACCACCAGCAGCAGCAGCCGCAGCACGCCUUCAACGCCCUCAUGGGCGAGCACAUACACUACGGUGCCGGCAACCUCAAUGCCACCAGCGGCAUCCGGCACGCCAUGGGGCCGGGGACUGUGAACGGAGGGCACCCCCCGAGCGCGCUGGCCCCCGCCGCCAGGUUUAACAACUCCCAGUUCAUGGGUCCCCCGGUGGCGAGCCAGGGUGGCUCCCUGCCCGCCAGCAUGCAGCUGCAGAAGCUUAACAACCAGUAUUUCAACCAUCACCCCUACCCCCACAACCACUACAUGCCGGAUUUGCACCCAGCCGCGGGCCACCAGAUGAACGGGACCAACCAGCACUUCCGAGAUUGCAACCCCAAGCACAGCGGCGGCAGCGGCACCCCCGGCGGCACGGGCGGCAGCGGCACCCCGGGCGGCACCGGUGGCACCUCGGGCGGCGGCGCGGGCGGCAGCGGCGGCGCGGGUGGCAGCAGCGGCGGCGGCGGCGGCGGCAGCGGCAGCAACAUGCCGGCCUCGGUGGCUCACGUCCCUGCUGCAAUGCUGCCGCCCAAUGUCAUAGACACCGAUUUCAUCGACGAGGAAGUGCUUAUGUCCUUAGUGAUAGAAAUGGGUUUGGACCGCAUCAAGGAGCUGCCGGAACUCUGGCUGGGGCAAAAUGAGUUUGAUUUUAUGACGGACUUCGUAUGCAAACAGCAGCCCAGCAGAGUAAGCUGUUGACUCGAUCUGCAAGCCCCCUCCCCCUUCUCCCACGCGGGGUAGGGUGUGGGGAAGAAAUCAACCCUCCCCCUCCUUCACUCCCCCCAACUUCUUCGGUGUGAAUUCAAAAAAAAAAAAAAAAAGAAACAUUCCCUUUAGACACAGUAUCUCACUUUUCACAGCCUGAAAGGUUUGAGAGCUUGGAAACAAAGUAAACUAAAAACUUGUACAAAUUGGUUUAAAAAAAAAAAAAUUGCUGCCACUUCUUUUUUUUUUUUUUUUUUUUCCUGUUCUUGUUUGUUUUUGUAGCCUUGACAUUCCCGUCCCUUAUGUAGUUUGAAAUAUCUAGCUAACUUGGUCUUUUUUGUUGUUGUUGUUGUUGUUGUUUUUACUCCUUAUUCCCUCACUUUCUCCAGUGCUCAACUGUUAAGAUAUUAAUCUUGGCAAACUGCUUAAUCUUGUGGAUUUUGUAGAUGGUUUCAAAUGACCGAACUGCAUCCAGAUUUAGGAGUGAAAGGAAAAAUUACAUUAGUUGCUGCAUGAAGUUUGACGGGCAGAUAUUAACUGCACAAAUUCUGCCAUCUCGUUUUAUUUUUUUUUUUUAACUAUGCAUUUGAGUGCAGAUUUAAUUUCUUUUUUUUUUUCAGAUAUGCUAAACUGGAAGAUUAAACAGAUGUGGGCCAAAAACCGUUCUGGGUCAGGAAAAGUCAUACUGUUCCCUUUCAAGUUGGCUGUCCCCCUUCCCCCCAUAUGUACAGACGAUAAUAGGGUGUGGAAUGUCGUUGGUGGCAAACAUUUCACAGAUUUUUAUUUUGUUUCUGUCUUCAACAUUUUUGACACUGUGCUAAUAGUUAUAUUCAGUACAUGAAAAGAUACUACUGUGUUGAAAGCUUUUUAGGAAAUUUUGACAGUAUUUUUGUACAAAACAUUUUUUUGAAAAAAUACUUGUUAAUUUAUUCUAUUUUAAUUUGCCAAUGUCAAUAAAAAGUUAAGAAAUA